AAGAAAAAAAGUUUUGACUUUCAUCAUUAUCAUGAUCGUUGGAAAAAUAUCAAUAUUUGACGGAAUACUCUGAUAACGGAUUACUAUAUUUCUUAUAAAAAUGACACGUGUGAAUGGAAUACAGGCUUUACUGGUGAUUUGCGGAGCAUGUUUAGUCCUCAUUAUCUGUAAAUACGAAUUCGUCAACAAACAAUUAGGUUUUCUUACUAUGCCGACAAACGAACCAAAAAAGAACUCCGUCUCGACACUCACAAAUUUACAUUUUAAUAGCACGGAAAUGAUGCUACAUUUUGCAUCUCAAGCAAAGAGAGACUUCGUUAAAAUUGCUCAAGAUAUGAAAACCACGUCUUUGCAGAACUACAUGAAUAGUACUUUGUCGGACGUAAGCGCCUUAUUGGAAGUUAAAGAAAAUAUGUUAUAUACCUUUGAAGAAAUCUUCUCAUCUACGCAGAUUGAUCUUAAACUUCAAGACGUUGUAAAAAGUUCGCCAUUUUCUUCAUUGAGAAAGGAUCGGUUGCCGAUUAACGAGGCAAUUCAAAAGGAACUAAUACAAAGGUAUCACGACAAAGGAUUUGGCCAUUUUUCCGAGUUUGUUCUCAAAAGAUGUGAAGGUUUGAAGGAACUGUCUGCAAACGAUUCUGGGAUAAUGGAAACGUUAUCAAAUGUGUGCAAGAAGCUUCUUAAACUACAGACUGAACUCGCAAGGGGGAUCCUAGAAGAACAAAUCAGACAUCAGACGGGUAACGAAUGGAGAAUAAAGAUGUCACGUGAGCUGCAGAGUGAGGUCCAAUAUCAUCUGAAUCAAUAUAAGGAAUCUCCCCAAUGUAACUCAUCUAGAAUUUUGACGUGUCUGCAUGUGUUCUGGACACCUAUAGGAAGUUUUAUACACAGAACCCUUAGUUGUUUGGUAGCUGCUCUUUCCCUACAGAGAGCAUUGGUCAUGGAUGCAAAGAACCCUACAUUUAUUCCGACGAAUUGGGGAAAUUAUAUGAAUUUAAAACAUAGGCGACAAUGGCCUUGUUCGAUAUCAAAUUCAAUGAAUAUAAACAAUGAGAAAGACCUUGCAAAGUAUUCUUCAUUUGAAGAACUGACGAUGCCCGCAUCUGGAAAUUCAAUUACGAAUCCAACGGAAAUUCCAAAUCAUUUGGCCAAGAAAUUGUUUUCCUUCAACAAACAUCCGUCAGCUUGGUGGAUAGGAGUAAUGGCUGAAUACGUCAUGCUGGGGAAAGAUAAACUUUCGAGAAUAUUUCAGGACGCAAUUCAGACAAUGCCGUUCACAUCCCCAGUUGUCGGGGUGCACGUAAGAAGAACGGACAAGAUUGGUCCAGAGGCCAGGUUCCAUGCAUUAGAAGAGUACAUGAGACAUGUGGCUGAUUGGUACAAUGCAUACGAGGCAGUUCACGGCCGUGUUGAGCGCAAGGUGUAUUUGGCGUCGGACAACGUCGAAGUUCUCUCCGAAGCCGAGCAAAAAUACCCAGAGUAUGUGUUUAUGUUCAACAAAACCACAACAAAGCACUCCACGAAUGUUAAAACUCGAACGUCAGAAAAACUGGCAAUGGAUGGAAUUGUUCGCGACACUGUUUUGUUGUCAAGAUGCGACUUUCUCGUGUGUACCAUGAGUUCUAAUAUAUGUCGAUUGGCGUACGAACUCAUGCACGUACAAACAGGGGAUGCUUUCGACAGAGCAGUUUCCGUAGAUGUGGACUGGUUUUAUUAUAUACAAUUAUCAAGAAUAUAUACUGCUAUGAUGCACCAUAGUAAUCCAGUGCAUAUGGAAAUAAGUUUUAAGGUCGGUGACGUCAUCAUAACAAACACCUUCAAGCAGAGUCAAGUUCAAGAAAAGGGGUUUAUUAUAGGAAAGAAUAGAAGAACCGGACAGACGGGAUUAGUGCCAAAAUACAAAAUUGUUGAAGUCUUUAUACAAAAACAAUACACGCAUCAAUAAAUGUUGCCAUGGAGAUUUUCAAUGUUGGAUGUUAAAAGUUAAAUCACUGACUUUUCGUUCCCGUGCUUACCUUUGCUCACAACAUGGAUAAUAUUCAACAAAAUUAAUAUGACAAAGACUUGUGUUUUCUUGUAUAUUUAUUUAUCUAUUUGAAUUUACUAAUCAUCGAUCCGUAUACAUAAGGAGCAAUGCCUUAUUCCGGACAGGAACAGAAGGACCUCGCAUGAAAAUACAAAAGUGUGUGAGGUCGAUAUCACAAUCACAAUGUUAAAUAUUACAUUUUUUUAAGAGAAUGAUUACAAAUAUUUUCAUUUCUUUUUAAAUUAACUGUUACACAUUAAAAUGAAAUAUCUAAUUUGUUUAAUAUUUUAAAGUCAUUGAAUAACAGUGACUUCGUAAAAUAACACGACACGUUUUUAUAUCAGAGCAAAAACAUGAUAUUUCACAUGUUAAACGAUUUUCCACUGGAACAAAUAAUUAUCACCUAUCUGAAUAACUAUUAUCUUCUACUAUCUGUUUACAAUUAUAAAUUUGUGUAUAAGAUUCAUCACAAUUUAUUAUUAAUUUUAUUUUCAAUAAAGCAUUACCAUGUUAAUGAAUAACCAUUCAUGUAAAUUUAUUACAAUGUAAAUGAAUAUGUUCUGUAUAGGAGAAAAUAUUCUGAGUUGAGUUAAGUUGAGUUGAUACGUGUACGCGUUUUAUGCUGUUUAACAAUACAUCAUUGGCUUGAUCUCAAUAACGAUUCCACUGGCGCCGGAGUUUCAAACUCAUUUUUUUUUAUAAAUUGUUUUUCUUAUAAUUCA